CAUCCUCACUGCAGUAAGAAGCAGCACAGCAGCAUCAGUGCUCAGAUACACAGCGGCGUCACAGGACAUCCUUCACCCAGAGCACUGCGAUUCUAUCUGCAUCACAACUGGAACACAAGACGGAUUGAGGUAAUUACGGUUGAAACAGCAAACAGAAACGAGUUUCCUGCGAUGGUGCCUUUAUUUUUGUUCCUGCUUGUCCGCAUUGGCGCGUCCAUCCCACAUCCGACAUCCACGGGCGAGGUGUGUGAGCCGGUUCCUUGUGAGAAUGGUGUUGACUGUCCCAGUACACCAACCGAUGAAAAUGUUUCUUUAUCAGGCUGGGAAGAACCAUCUGUAAUUGGGCCCUGCCAUCUGAACCCCUGUCACAACAGAGGGGUUUGUGAACUCAGUAAGACGUACCGGGGCGACACUUUUGUUGGAUAUGUGUGCAAGUGUCCACCUGGCUUUGACGGAGUCCACUGCCAACACAACAUUAACGAAUGUGAGAGGAAUCCGUGCAAAAAUGGGGGCAGCUGCACAGACCUGAGAGCGAACUACACCUGCCAGUGUCCCGGAGAUUACAUGGGGCGGAACUGUCAGUACAAAUGUUCUGGACCUUUAGGGAUGGAAGGGGGUAUCAUUUCAAACCAGCAGAUAACAGCUUCCUCCACACAUCGAGCUCUGUUUGGACUGCAGAAGUGGUUUCCGCACUUCGCACGGCUCAAUAAGAAGGGUCUCGUCAAUGCCUGGAGCGCAGCCGAGCGUGAUCGAUAUCCUUGGAUUCAGAUAAAUCUGCAGCGGAGGAUGAUGGUGACUGGACUGAUAACACAGGGCGCAAAGCGAAUCGGUAGUCCUGAGUACGUGAAAUCAUAUAAAGUGGCAUACAGUGACGACGGGAAGGCCUGGAGCAUGUUUAAAGUCAAGGACAUGGAUGAGGACAUGAUAUUCACUGGAAAUGCCGAUAACAAUGCCCCCUCGGCCAACUCUUUCAGUCCACCAAUUGAAGCACAGUACAUUCGGAUUUAUCCUCAAGUAUGCAGGAAACACUGUACUCUGCGUAUGGAGCUCCUGGGCUGUGAGCUUACAGGAUGCUCAGAGCCAAUGGGGAUGAAGACGGGACACAUUCAGGACUAUCAGAUCUCCUCCUCCAGUGUGUUUCAUACCCUGAACAUAGACAUGUUCACCUGGGAACCAUCCAAGGCCAGACUGGACAAACAGGGCAAGGUCAAUGCAUGGACGUCAGCCCACAAUGACCAAUCCCAAUGGCUGCAGGUGGAUUUGCUAGUUCCCACCAAAAUCACAGGAAUUAUCACCCAAGGGGCCAAAGAUUUCGGGCGUGUGCAGUUUGUUGGUUCCUAUAAACUGGCAUUCAGUAAUGAUGGAGAGAGAUGGCUCAUAUACCAGGAUGAGAAACAACGGAAGGAUAAGAUCUUCCAAGGAAACUUUGACAAUGAAACACACAGAAAGAACGUGAUAGAUCCGCCCAUCUAUGCCCGAUAUGUCCGGAUCCUUCCGUGGUCGUGGUACGGACGCAUCACCAUGAGGGCGGAGCUUCUGGGAUGUCCAGAGGAGCAGUGAAACCUUUGUGACGGACUGUGUAAAAAUAACUUUAAACAUUUUUAAUGGUGAUCUUUAGAGUCUGUUGUGAUUUUGGAUGGAAUUUUCGUUCUGGAAAUUGCCACAAAUCGCAAUGCUUUACAAAUGUUACUGUUGCCGUACAGCUACUUUUAUUUGAGAAUUGAGUAUUAUCAGUUAAAAUAAGUAAAUUGAAAAUGCUCAGGUCAAUGAUCACCUGCUAGAACAGUGUUCAGGGUAUAUUAUUUAAGGAAGUGAGAACUGAUUUUCAUCACUAUAUGACUUUCUGUAUAUUAACUAAAUGGUGUACAUAUUUUAUAAUGUAUUGAAAUAAGAAUUGAAGAAUGAAAAAAACAGAAUGAAUAGUACAUACAUUUGCAGGAAGACAUUAAUUGUGCAACACAACAUAGAUUAGAUUAUUCCAGAUAGAUCAAACGUCAAUAGAUACAACAGUCAGAAUUAAAUCAAAAAUGGACCCUAUACUCUCCUACACAUUCUUGGUCUUAUUGUGAAUGAUUAAUCGGUGCACAUUAUUCCAAAGAGAGAAAUGUUUUGUAAUCAAAAUGUACCAACUUGCCCCGCCUCUGAAAUUAAUUUCCAUUUCCGCUGACGUCAUCAAGCCCUCUUAUUUUCCAACCCCUCCUCUUCAACCGUCAUAUAGAGACAAAUUUAAUUAGCCAAUCAAUUCCCGGUGGAUAAAAUCAAGUCCUGUCUAACAUUUUGGUCCCGUUGAACAUUUUGUUCCUGUUUCACUCUAUAUGCCACAUUCCAGAGGUAAAAUGGGUUGCGAAUGCCAUUCCAUAUUGACUUUGUCUAUCAUUGAAAUAAACAGUAUGCUUAUAGCAAAAAUACUCAGAACAAGGUGCAUUUCACAAUAUCUUUACUCGUUAACAAAAUCUGAAUCUUUCUUUCUUGUUUUUUAGAAUGUGUAUUGUAAAUAUAAUAUUAAAAGAUGUUUUCGUAUAAGCAUAAUCUAUACUCGCUUUCUAAUUCCUCAUUGCAGUAUUCACAGGACAAUUUGUUAUGUAACUGAGUAUAAUGUGCUCUCUAUGGGUAGUAUUAUUCAAUUCUUAAU